AUGUCCAAUGAUGCAGGGUUCCGACCAGCAUCAAAAAUCCAGAUUAUUAAGGACCAUCCAAAUAUGACCCCACAUAAGACAUCCCCUAAGCAGAAAUUCCAUACCAUCAAAAAUUUCCUUAAGAACAAAAGCUCCUUUACGGAUUUACGAAUGUUUCAAGAGAAAAAAGAAGAUAAAAACACUAGAAGCACCAACGUAUCAAACAAUAGUUUCAAAGAAGACCCAAAUUAUAAACCUGUGGACAUAAAAUGGAAGAUCCCCAAGAAAAAAAGGUCUCUCGGGAGCUUAUUACCAUCCCAUGAGUCGAAAGAGCUCUUUCUUAAUAAUUAUGCUGACGAAGUAAAAGAUUUUGUGCCCCCUGCAUAUACAAAGAAUCUUCCAAGCACACCCAACUCUACACAAGCAGGCGUUUAUAGAAAUCCCUCAAUAUCAACCAAAGGAAGUUCGAAAGCAUCUUCGUCUCCUAAAAAGACAUCAUUUUCACUUGAAUAUGACCAUACGUUAUCCACUCCAACUUUUUCGACGGCAGAAACUUUUGUUUCUGAUGAUUGGGUUCCUCCUGGAACUAUAAGAGGUACUUAUGUUCAUGAUUGGUCCAACGAUUCCAGUCCAAGGUCUUUUAUUGAAAGCAGAAAGGUUGAAAGGUUUGACAAGCCGAUGUUAGUAUCUACACCUUCAACACCGUGCAAAAGUAGAACAUUUGAUAAGUUGAGCUUAUCGGUGAAUGGAUCUACUUUGAAACCUCCGAAUAACCCUUUUCCUUCACCUUGUACGCUCUCAACAGAAAAUGAUCUUGCCAUUGAUAAUGGCAAUCUUACUGUGAUAGACGAAGGUAUCUCUUCUACAACUUUAGCCAGUCAAUCAAAUUCGCAUGCUGGUUCAAGUGAAAGCUGCUCGGUACAUUCAAAAGAUUCUUUCAAGUCACAGUUUUCCUUCCUGCGAAAUAGGACAUCUUCGGUCAAGUUUUACAAAUCUAAAGAGCAAAUGCAAAAAGAAAAUGCAAAAAAUGCAGAAAAGAUUGAACGAUUAAGAAUAAAAGAGUUCUUGGGGACAGAUGAAAACAGCGAGCUUUUGAAUGAAGAUUACAAUUAUAUUGACUUUGAUGAGGAUGAUGAAACAGAUGAAUUAUUCAAUAGAGAUUUAUUUGGCUUAGAACAAACCGGUUCUCCACCAGGGUUGGAACUCAAUGACGAAGACAAUGAAGUAGCUCCCAAUGGCUUAGAGAUUACAGGAAUUUCAUAUAGUCAUGACGAAGUCGACAAUGAGAAUUUGUGCGACCCAGGCAAUCGAUCUAUCUAUGGCAAUAAUAUAGAGGGGGAAGCAUUUGAAGAAUAUGAAUAUAAAGAGCCAUCGGGAUUAGAACUCACAGACUCAGAAGAAGAUCCAAAAGAGAAUACAGAAACUAUAAAAUCUGAGGGGGGGUACAGGUAUGAGCCACCUUCUAGAUUAGAAUUGACAGAUUCAGAAGAAGAAGGAAACGAUAUAAACAAAAAUAUUGAGUAUGAUUCAAGUGCAGAUAUCAGUAUUGAAGAAGUUAAAGAAAAUGAAUUUGAAAUCAGUCACUCAAAUCUAUCAAAAGAACUCUUAAGUAUGUUGAACCGUAAUGAUUCGAACCUUACUUUCAAAUCGACCACAUCUGAUAUAUCCAUAAAACAUGUGCCAUCACAAAAAUUCCAGAGACACAAAUCUGUUAAAUACCAUCAGUUAUCAGCUGAUAUUGAAAGUUCUUGUUAUAGUGAUGGCCAUAUAUGGGAAAAUUCCUCUGCCUUAGAAGAAGUCAAUCAGAUACCUGAAGAUUAUGAUUUUGAAGCCGCUAAUACUUUUCAGCCAAAUCCACGAAAGCAGAGAUUUUCGACGAUGCUUUCACUACAUUCAAAUGACUCUAACCUAAGUGCAAUUAGUGACGUUGAUUCAAAUUGCGAUCCCACGAGACAACAUUUGUGGAAGAAACUUGUUAUAAAGAAUGCAGUGGGAAAUCAAAGAAUUGAGCGUAUUCACCUGGAUGAUCGAACUAUUACCUUGUACAACAGAAAACCAGGUGUUGAACCAGAAAAUGAUCAAUCAAGUAUUUCUUCUUAUGAUACCAACGAUAGAGGCGAGCUAGCUACAAUUGCUGAGUAA